UCCAAAUUAUUCAAAAACCCUAGUCCUCGCACCACCUCCUCCUACCUUUCACAGCGCUCUCAGCCACAAUCUCCCCAGCGCUUCAUUUCGCCGCCGCUGCGCCGCCGUCAUUUGCUCGCGUGUUAUUCUUGCCGGAAUCCGACGAAAUGCCCUCUCCCAUCACCCCGGCCCAAACCUCCGCCGCCAAUUUCCAUCUCUCCACCACCUCCAAUCCCAUCAUCACUACAUCCACCGGCAUUCCCAUUACAACGUCUAUUAUUACGAUCAUCGCAUAUUUCUGAAGAUAAAAUUACCCCUUUAUUCCUUCAAAAAAUAUAUAUAAUAAUUCCAGAAAGUCUGCCGGUUUUUUGCUUAUUUUAUCAGUCAAUUUGUGGGAUUUCUCUACCUUGUUGAGAUGUCAACUGUUUACCAACAAUUGCCAGCCUUAAAGAGCCUGAGGGACUCAUCUCCAUUCAAUUUGCCUCGUCCCAUUAUCUAUAAAAGGAGGAAUGCAAGGUGGAGGUCUCCUGAAGCAGCUGUUAUUUCUAGUUUUCAUCUCCCAAUGCGCAGUUUUGAAGUUAAGAAUAGGACUUUUGCUGAGGAUAUUAAGUCUCUGAGACUGAUUACAGCCAUUAAAACACCAUAUCUACCAGAUGGCAGGUUUGACCUCGAGGCUUAUGACUCCUUAGUGAACAUGCAAAUUGAAAAUGGAGUUGAGGGUGUGAUUGUUGGUGGGACUACUGGCGAAGGUCAAUUAAUGAGCUGGGAUGAACAUAUUAUGCUUAUUGGUCACACAGUUAACUGCUUUGGUGGGUCAAUCAAAGUCAUAGGAAACACUGGGAGCAACUCUACAAGGGAAGCCAUCCAUGCCACAGAACAAGGUUUUGCUGUUGGCAUGCAUGCAGCUCUUCACAUUAAUCCUUACUAUGGUAAAACUUCCAUAGAGGGCAUGAUAUCUCACUUUGAUAGUGUACUUCCUAUGGGCCCUACAAUCAUAUACAAUGUGCCAUCCCGUACUGGCCAAGAUAUUCCACCAUCGGUGAUUUUUGCUGCUGCAGAGAGCCCUAACCUGGCAGGUGUCAAAGAAUGUGUUGGAAAUGAUAGGGUUGAACACUAUACAAGUAAGGGGAUUGUCGUCUGGAGUGGCAAUGAUGAUCAGUGCCAUGAUUCUAGGUGGGAUCAUGAUGCCACAGGUGUGAUUUCUGUUACCAGCAACCUGGUUCCUGGUCUAAUGAGAGAACUCAUGUUUGCUGGGAAGAACCCGGCUCUAAAUUCAAAGCUUAUGCCUCUCAUUGAAUGGCUUUUUAAGGAACCAAACCCCAUUGGUUUGAACACUGCUCUUGCUCAGCUUGGUGUUGUGAGACCAGUUUUUCGCUUGCCAUAUCUCCCUCUUCCUUUGUCAGAAAGGCUGGAGUUCGUGAAUAUGGUGAAAGAGAUUGGACGGCAACAUUUUGUGGGGGAGAGAGAUGUUCAGGCUUUAGAUGAUGACGACUUCAUUUUGGUGGGGCGAUAUUAGCUGGUAGUAUCAAGAUUUGGAUUUUGGUUUUGCUCUUCGUUUGUGCCUGUACGUUGUUCCUCUGUGUAUUUCCUGCUAGAUUUUAAUGGCAAGUUUGGAAUUUUCUUUCCUUUUUUUGGGUUUUGGUAUAAAUUAAUUGCCAGCAUUGCACUCGAAAAUGUGUCCAAAAGCUGAAGGCAGAACUAUGUACAAGAGAACCAUUUCCUUCAAUAACCACCAAAUUACCUUGCCA